AUGAAUGAACUUGUGUGGGGAAUAAAGAACGGUGAUCUGGAUCAGGUUCGAGACAUUGUAGAGAAUAAGGAUAUGGAUGUUAAUAAAUUAAUUAAUGGAAGGACGUUACUGCACUAUGCAGCAGAUUAUGGCCAAAGUGAUGUUCUCGGUUAUCUUUUAGAAAAAGGUGCUGAUGCGAAUGCGAGAGAUAAGCACGGUAUCACGACGCUCUUGGCUGCGAUUUGGGAAGGACACACAAAUUGUGUGAAAUUACUAUUGGAGAAAGGAGCACGGCCAAAUGGUGUAACGCCAGACGGAACGAGCUAUUUAGAUGCAGCCGAGAAAGAAGAAAUUAAAGAGCUCUUGGAGCUAUACAAAACCAAAACACUUUAAAAAUUAAAAAUUUUGUUACAUAUUUAAAAUUAAAAUAAUAAUAGAUACGUCACACGUUCCUUAUAGGAUAUAUUGUCGCUUCGUUAUUGACUUCUUCGCAUUCUGUCAGACAUCUAUAUAUAAAAUAUAUAUUGUAUAUUUAUGUAACUUACAUAAAAGGCAUGAAGCUAUAAUGUAGGUUUAUAAUAUAUAAUAAUGAUAUAAAUAAGAAAUAUGUACUCGCUUCGAGUAAUCGCGACCUAAACUUGUUCCGCCUAGAGUCGCAAUUUUUUCGCGAUACCUAUUUCAAUAAGUUCGAAAUAGUUUUUAGUUCUUUUACAAGAAAAAAAAAAAGAAAAAAACCAAACAAACAAACAUAGAAAUUAAUCUUUUAUCGACUUAUUUUUUAGAAAUGAACAAACACUCAUUGAAUGAAAAACUUUGUAAUUUACAUCUAAGAUGUGUAAGACUUUGUUUUAAUAAUAUAUUAAGU